AUUAUACAUGCAGGGCAAACUUGGUCAAUUAUGUGUGCCACAUUUGUAGGCUACUUCCUAAAUGAAUUUAUACAUAGGAUAUUAUAGCAUGAGAAAAACAAUUAGGCCAAGUAACAUCAUUUUCUGUUAGAAUCUAUCAAUGAAUCACUUAUACUCACUCACAAUCACUAUAACCUAGAGUAGCUGUGCUGAAGCUGUUCUUUUAGCUUUUAUAGCUUUGCCUACGAAAGUGAACAAAAAGAAAGUGAAAGCAUCUGCACAGUGACUCAUAUGAUCCAGGAUUCAAACCACAAGCAGCAGCACAAACCACUCUCUGCAUCUCAAGAUGACAAUCGGUCAGACAAUGAAUAGGUUUAUAGAUGAUUUCCAUAAGAAUCUUCGUAAGGAGGUAUCUGGCCUGAAGGCCACUUCCAUUGAGUGUUGUGAUUUCAUACUGUACUUCUGCCUCAUCACCUCUCGUGCUGGAACUGACAUUGAUGCUGCAAUAAACAAUCUUAAAGAAGUUGCAGCUGUCAAACAGGUUAUCAUUGCUGUGCUUUAUCCCACAAUUAACCCUGACAAAAUUAUACCAGACACAAACAAUGCUAUUAAGAAAGAGAACACACAUUUUGUGGAUUUUCUGCUCAACGAGGAUGAAGGGUUCAUAAAUUGUCAGAAGAAUAAAGAUGCCAUCAAGAAACUUGCGAGGUACAUGAAGUCCAAGAUCAUGGAAUUCCACGUACACACUCAUAUCAGGAUGAAGAAGCAAUUCCCUUAAACCCAGGAUGACAACAAGAUGGAUCUAAUGGAAUUGUGGAUUGUUUCAGAAAAAAUCGUGUUGCAUUUGCUUUUAUCGGUUUUGUCAUUUUUGGCACUAUUGCUGGAUUAAUCCUAUAUUAUUCUUUAAGAUACUAGCUAUCAAAAUGAAUAAAGAAAUUACACUAAAAAAUAAUGACUUUUUAUGAAAAAAAAAAGACAGCUGUGGAUGCCAGAAGAGCAUAAUUAUAGCAGCAUACUUUCAGCUUUUACAGAUUUAACUUUAACAACAAACCACCAUAAAUCACUAACUCAUAAGUUAUUGAAACACUAAUAUAUAAAAGUCAAAUGAUAAACCAAAGCUAAUUACAAACAGCUUAGAAAAAAAAGCUAAAUAAGCAUAGGUGUCUUUCAGGCUAUACUAACCAUCAUGGUAAAACACAACAUUUUAUUCUACAAAAUUACAUGUAGCAUAAAACACUUUACAUAACUGAUGAGAAAAACUAUAAAUGAAUUCAGUGAAUUCUGAAUUCGCUCCAAAAUCCAAAAUUGAUUUUUACUGCAGCAUUUUAACAGCCCUUUGCAGCUAAAAUCUCAGCAGUUGUGAAUUUUAGUAGUAAUUGUUACUAAGCUUCAUAUAAUAAACUGCAUGAAGAGAAUUAAA